AUGGUUCUCCCGUGGUGCUGUGCCGUUUUACUAUGGUGUUCUGCGGUGGCAGGUGCAACAACAAGCACAUCUGCUUCAUCAUCACUGCUGCGGUCAGCAUCAUCCAGCUCUGGCUCCAUCCUGGCUUCUCUGUCUUCGUCUACGUCUGACCCGGUCGUGACUAUUCCUUUGAAGGCUAGUAAGGGUGAAAGGUUUUUCAAUGCAUACGUGCUGGAUGUUGCGGUGCGUCUUGAUAUUCUCCAGCCUGACUUGUGGAUACCUGAUCCAGACUAUAUGAGGUAUUGUACGAGCUCGAACUCGUCUGCUCUGACAGUGCAGAAUGAUACUUCCGCUUCUAGAACGUGCCUUGGACAAAUUACGUCCCGGUACGGUGCGUUGUAUGCUGAAGAAACCGCUACUUAUAGUGAUUAUUCUGACGGCGACACAACUACUACUAUCCAGGUUGUUGAUCGUCUGGAAAACCCCGUCUCCAUUGCUUAUCCGAAUGGUAUUGUGGCUGAAGGUGAGGUUGCUAUGGCCGAUUUCAUUAUCACUGAUAAUGAAGACUUCACUUACCUCUUGGAAAAGUUCCAAUUCGUCUACGUCAACGACACCAACAUGAUGGCUGGUGGCUUAGGCUUGUCCAAUAAUCCACGGGGUACUGGUAUCCUAGAUUACUUCUUGAACAAGGAGCUUAUUUCCAGCCGUGGCUAUUCUGCUUUACUCGGCGCUGGAUCUCUAGACGACGACACUUAUGGUGAGCUAUUAUUAGGCGGCGUGAGCAAGGACCACUUUAUUGGCGACUUGUAUUCCUUCCCGGUAUUGCCAUACGAGGGAUUGGACUCGGUCACUACACUCCCUACAAUUCUUUUAACUGACGCACAGGUGGUGAAUGCUAACACUUCCCAGUCAGUCUCGCUCAUGUCUGGUGAUCCAGAACCUGUGCUUAUCGAUUCAAGAUUAUCCUUCAACUACUUACCGCUAGAGGUUAUUAUUAGACUUGCACUUCAAACCAACGCAUUUUACAACAAGGAAAACGAUGAAUGGAUUGUCAAAUGUUCCGAUGUUGAGGAUAGUAACGCUGAGUUCCACUACAAAUUUGGCCCAUUGACCAUCAAGGCUCCGUUAGCAUCGUUCUUGUACGGGUCGCUGAAAGACACUUCAUUGACAUUCUCAAGUGGAGCUAAGGCUUGUCUACUUAACGUUAGCCCAUCCACUUACCUUGGUUACAGCUCGCUAGGCCUUCCCUUCUUGUCGCAUGCAUACUUCGUUAUGGACAACGACGGAGGGAAUGUCGGUCUUGCUAAUGUCAAUUCAGACUACGCGAUUGGCACCAAGCUAUACACGGAUUGGGAUACAGCCACGUCAGUUCCGUCGUCCUCCCUGCCAAGCGCAUCCUACAAUCCAUCUGCAUCAUUUAUCUCCUCGGGAAGUAUUCCAUUCGCUAAACUGCAUAACUACACUCAGCUGGAGACAUUGACCUUCCACUCAGCCAAUUCCAGUGCUGCGGAUGCCAUCUUAACGAGAUACUCUCUUGCAUCCAUUAUUUCUGGUGAGGUUGUCGUAUCUAAAGAUUCGUCAUCUACGGUAGGCCCUGCCACCCAGUAUACUUCCAGAUCUUCAUCAGCUACGGGAGCUGCUGGCCCGGGUGUCAAGCAUUGGGAAGCUGCAAGCACAGAAAAGACCGUCAUUUACGCGUCGCUUCUACUUAUAGGUUUCCUUGGCGGAGUUAUAAUAUGA